AUGAGCGCCCUUGAAGACGAUCUUCUGUUCCAGUUUUCCCCACAGGUACCUGGCAUUUCAUACAGGGAGGCAAGCAGCGGUAGUCAAUGUAUGCCUUACACAGUCCCCACAAUGACAGCCGAUGCUCUCAAGGUUCCACCACCAAGAAUCCCACAACCUAGCGAGGUUCGUGAUCAAAGGCAAUUUAAACUUCACGAAUUAAUAGAACAACGGAAAAAACUAGAGGAAAUGACAAAUAAGUACUGGCUCAGAGACGGUGAAAUUAGUGAAAGUAUGUUUGAAAGUUCAAGUGACGAAGAAGACGCCUAG